UGUGGUUACUAGUUCAGUGGUCAAAUGAGUUGAAACAGACACCUUUAGAGUUGAUACUGAAUUAUAAUGACUAAAUAAGUACAGUAUUUACUGUGUUUUUGAUUAAGUGAAAGCCAGAAAUAAACAGACAGGCAUAGAUGAUAGAAAGAUGACAUCACUAGUCACUAAUCUGAUCAGCAUGCUGAGUGAUAGUGAACUAAUGAUGUGAAGGUGGCUCGAGGACAGUGUAUAUAAAGGGCACACUGCAGGAAGCAGACGCACCGACUGGCUUGCCCUCGAGGAAACAAACUCGUCUUGACUGCUCAGCACCGGAGAAUUUGUGGUUCUACACUGAGAAGGUGUUUGCGGUAAUAACUUUUAGCUUCUCUGACAUGAUGAAUCAUGAAUAAGUGAUGCAGUUUGUUCUUUCGGCUAUCGCUUUGUAAUGUCUGUGCUGAGGGCCAAUGUCACUGCCAGUCUGCAGUAUCAAGCGUCCCAUGAGCUAACGCUGUUUGGCAUGUUGUCUGUGGGCACAAGUUGCUCUUUCCUCUACAUUAACAGCAUCCUGCUGUUCACUCUGAGGAAUAAGCAAGUGUUUUGUGAGACGUCCCGUUACAUCCUGCUGUUCAACCUGCUGUUUGCUGACACUGCUCACCUGGUGUCAAACAUCCUGCUUUACCUUCUGGCUUCGUUACGGGUAAAACUUACGUAUUAUGCAUGUAGUGCCCUCGUUCUGUUCUCAGUUUUCACGGCCAUCAUCUCGCCUUUCAAUCUGGCUGUGAUGUCACUUGAGAGAUUCGUGGCUGUGUGCUAUCCGCUCAGGCACGCUACCAUCUUUACCAUAAGAAGCACAGGCAUGGCCAUCGCUCUGGUGUGGGCCUUCAGUUUUAUCCACAUCCUCAUUCGAGUUUCUGUGUUGUUGUAUUUGUUCACAAAAAUCUCCCUAAAUCUGCACAUGAAUGACUUUUGCUCUAAAGAAGCUGUUUUUUUCGGAGCAAUCUUUGACGAUUUUGAGGACGUGUUUGCCAGCACUCUCUUCCUGUCUGUGGGUGUAGUAAUCGUGGCCUCCUAUGUCGGUGUUUCGCUGGUAGCCAGAUCGGCCUCUACAGACAAAGCCUCGGCUAGAAAGGCUCUUCAAACGCUUCUGCUGCACCUGAUUCAGCUGAGCCUGAUUCUCACCUCCACCAUGUACACCACCAUUAUUGUGGACAUCGCCAGAACUGUGGACAGAUUAGCCCUUAUGCGGAUUUACAAUGUUUGCUUUGUGUGCUUGAGUAUCCUCCCGAGGUGUCUGAGUGCCCUCAUCUACGGACUCAGGGAUCAAACCAUCAGGCCCGUCCUCAUGCGAAAUCUGUGCUGUCGGUUGGGAUGCUCCGUUUUCUUCACUAAGAGCCACUAAGAACAGUUUCACCUUUUAAAACACACUCCUGUUCUCUCUGUUUUACUGUUACACCAUUGUCUGUGCACUGUUUAUAGAGGUGAUGUUUGGAAGAAAAUAGUUUUUAUGCAUUUAUUACAUGCCCAUCAUUAUCCAUAUAUGAUAAAUUCAUUUUUGCAUUAUGUGAAUAAUUUCAUGACAGUGAAAGUAAUCUGUAUUGAUGAAGUUUGAAGUGAUAAAGUUUUCACAAAGCAAUAAAAAGCAUCUGUAAUAAGAAAUCUGAUGAUUAUAUGUUUGGUGUUUUGACAUCUGCUUGUAAAAAAAAGUGCUAUCAUAACUAUAUACUAUAUUUUCUCCCCCCUGAGGUACUUUUCAUAGCUUUAUGUGUCUUUCCCUAAAUGUACACAGUUCUCAAACAGAGCAAAUAAAAGUAAUUUUGUCCUGA